UUAAAAUUACACCUUCUUCAGUCACUCCAAAGAACAAGACGUCAAGUUCGACUACAAUUCUUACGCGUUCCACGUUACCGAUACGAGAUCUACCAGAAUGCCUAAGAAUUAGUCAUAGCAUUCGUUCUCUAACAACUUCAUUACAAGUAGAUGCUAUUAAGCUUCUACAGACGAAUCCUUCCUUUCUAACUAUUGAAGCACAAAGCCUGUUAUCACAGUUUUCUGGUGAUAUAUCUAGCCGAUUGCCGUUUAGUUACAAUGGUUUAUUAAGAGUGUCGGACAAUACGGCAUUUUAUAGGAGAGGUUUGCGUUUCGGAAGUAAUCGUCGAUAUUUUGGAUUAAACAACCCCAUUCGAUUCUUAAAUCAACGACGGUUGCAGUUAUUAGAGGCUGAGGCAAACGCAUUUCCCAAUGACGCGUUAAAACAAGCCGAAUUCUAUAAAGAAUUGAUUAGAACAAAUAACUAUAAUGUGAUUAUUUCAAGGUUUGAGCGUGGAAAGUUUGCUCAAGAUGACGAAUGCUUUCAAGCAUAUGUGACUGCGUUGGCAAGAACUGGUCAAACAGAUAAAAUAUUACCAAAAUUAAUGCAGAAAUUGGAGCAAUCUACAGUUGAUGGAACAACGAGGAUCAUUCCCACUAAUGAUUUGGUACAAAACGUUAUUAAAGGUCAAGGGAAAAAAAUAACAGUGGAAGGUGGUCCGCAAACCAUAAAUUCGAGUGCAGGCAAUAAAGAGAAUCCAAUUUAUGUUGUUAUUGAAGAAGCGCGAGGGUAUAUGUUUUGGCGCGCUUUGCGUUGGGUAGGCAUCACCUUCACAUACGCGUUCUGUAUAUUAACCUUCCUAAGUAUUGCUAUGGAAAACUCGGGACUCCUGAAGACAGGUGGAUCACAAUCCGAAUUUGAACCUUCGUCUCAACAGGUGGUUAAAUUUUCGGAUGUUCACGGG